UGGUGUAAACGAGAGAUCACGAGACUUCACGUACGCGAGGUAGGACAACGUGCUUUCGUUGAGAACGUGAAGUCUGUAAGUUGGGAAAAAACUAACAAAAUUUGUGUUAUACAGAAAAGAUUUGGACGACAAAGUUAAAGUUACAGAGUCCUCCUCAACACAGAAACAAAAUCCUAUGCUGUCAUGAUGGAAGGGUAGGUCAGUCUAAUUGACAGCAAGAUGGACGAACAAGUAGAUGGUCCUGAUCAAGGAACUAGUGAAGCAGAGGAAGGGGUAUGGGUGGCAUCUAGCCAGAGUGCAUAUGUUGCGGAGGUGUCUUCUGCUGCUCUUGCGUCCAGUUCUCAAGACAAUCACUAUGUGGACAGUCAUCAGCUGGCACAGGACUAUGCCAAUUCUGGGCAGUACGAUCACAGUCACUAUCAAGAUUUGAGGCCAACCUUUUCAGGUGCCUACCAGAUCAAUGCAGCCACACAACAGGAGCUAUUCCAGGCUGCACAUUCAACAUUUGGCCGCAUCACGCCACUCACCCAAGAUUCCUACCACCAUCAGCAGGAUGCUGCUGAGAGUGAGGCCAUGCCAGCCUACUCUACCAUUACCACAGAUGCUGGAACACAGCUGAUUGCAGCACCAACAGUUGACAGCAGCACUUUGCAGCAGGGCUACUAUGUGAUAAAUCAAGAUAAUCAAGUAGUGGCAGUUCAAAGAGUAGUGUCCCCAGCUGAUUGCACUGUUAGCCAAUCAAAUAUCAGUAUUGGUCCUGAGGGCAGAGAGGUGCAACCUAACGCAACACUUAUCUCCAUGCCUGCUAUGUCUUCCUCUGGACAAUACGUCACAAUGGAAGUCACAUCUUUGCCUGCCUUUUCUAGCCAAGGAGAGGUCAGCACAUCCAGUGUGGGUGCUCUUCGUGCUGUUAUUCACCAAGCUAUAGCAAGGAGCUCUGUUCCUCAUGAUAUAAAGAUGGAGGUGACCAUGGGAGAAUGCGACACAACACAGGAAGACUUGGACUGUGAAUCUCAUGUUGGAGCUCGGGCAUUCUUGCAUGCUGUCAACCUGGCUGGUCACACUGUGGGAGUUGAGUCAGAUGGACUGCACUCCACCAUGAUCUCAGGACCGCAAGCUGUUGCUGCAACGGUAACCAGUGCAGUGAUGGAUGACACUCUAGACUCUAGUCAGCUGUCAACAUUACAGAGUGUUGCCAUGGAAGCAGCAGGGUCAAGGACACUGGAGGAGCAUGGUAAUGUGGUAUCACUGAACAGCUCAGGGAUAUCAGAUUCACUAGGUAACUCGGUAGUGUCAGCAGCAGAGAGCAGCAGUGUAGGCUUAGGUCCUUCAGCUUAUAGGGCAAUAGUAGUAGAAGAGGCUCCCUCCUCUGACCCUGAACAGAGCCAGCCCUGUUCAUCUGGAGCCAGUCAGCUGCAGACUUCUGUGCCUGCAAUUCAGACUCGAAAAAGCACUCGUCUGGCCAACUUUAAGCAGGAGGAGUUGAAUAGUGCUCGUAACAGGCAGGUUUAUGAGCCUGGUCCCUACAACUAUGAUGAGCUCUGGUGUGAAGAAUGUCAAGUUGCAUACCAUGGUGAGUGUCCCACGCAUCAUCUUACGGUGGUCUCAGACAAGGUUGUGCUGUCACGAGCAUGGGCAUCCCUUCCCAAUAUGCUACAGAUUUUCCGCUUGGGGCAGCCAGAAGAAAGUAAUCAACCGACAGAACUAGGUGUAUUUGCCAAAAAGGCAAUUCCAAAGAUGACACAGUUUGGUCCUCUGGUUGGAGAGUUGGUGGAUUCAGUCGACAGAAUCACUAACAGAAACUUUGUUCUUAUUCUUGAGAAACCAGAUCAGACCAUCAGCUAUUUUGAAUUGAGUGACGAAAACAAAUGUAACUGGAUGAUGUUUGUCCGGCCUGCUGCUUCUUACAGCGAACAGAACCUUGUCGCAUAUCAGCAUGGCCAAGAUGUUUUUUUCAGUGUCAUCAAGAAUAUAGAGGCCAGGCAAGAGCUAAAAGUGUGGUAUGCAGCUCACUAUGCAGACCGCAUGGGCAUGAAGCCACAUGAGCUGAUGGAAGCUGACUGGGCAACACUGGAUGAACAGGCCAGCAGAUUCCAGUGUUGUGAAUGCAAUCGUAAGUUCCGCACUUCUAUGGCAUUACAGCGCCACCUGCUGGAGCAUGAAACGGAAGAACCAGUGGCAGUCGAAGUCAAUGACAUAAAAGAUGAUAAGGAAACCAAGUCAGGAUCUGGUGAAGGAGCAGACAGCAACAACAAAGCAGCAUCAGCAAGAAGCGGUCUCUUGAGAAACAAAGCCCGACAGGGUGGAGAUGGUUUUGCUUAUCAGUGGAAAAAGAAACCUAGCAGCAUCUACCUGAACAAGUCAUUGAAGAAAUACCAGCGCCGGCCUGCCUCAGAACGUCUUCGGCAGACUAUGAAGUCUCUCUAUAAGAGGAAGGGUCACGAGGGAGGUAACCAGGAAUGGGUGUGCACCCACUGCAACCUAACAUUUGAUAACCCCAGCCUGCUUAAUCUGCACACGCUAACCCAUGCAGCGGAAGAUGUGGGGCUGGAUGAGAUCCGCAAAAUCACCUGCGAUCCCAUCAUCCCUCUUGGUGCAGAUGCUUCAUCAGGAGAUGAUGGUGCUUCUGCCGCUGCUGGGAAUGGUAUUGGAGGCAAUGGAGCAGAUGGGGACCACAAUCUAGUCUGCCUGGAGUCAUGCCUUGUCUGCCCAGUUUGCCACAGUCAGUUCCAGAAUAAGCGGGACCUCAUCGAGCAUGUUGCUGAGCAUGCGAAGGCCCCCAGGUCACAACAGACCGUCCUUUCAAAUGCCAUGUGUGCUGGAAGGUUUCACAUGAAUUUGUUGAGAGCUUUCACAGCUCAGGAGAAACUUCAGAGACAUUUGCUUUGCCAUGGAGAGGAGCGCAUGAAACCACUUGAGUGUCACACAUGCCACAAGCGCUUCAUGAACAAUUCAGCACUAGCCUGCCACCUUAAAACACACAGCGAGAAAAAGUACUAUGAAUGUCCAAUGUGUCAUGAAGGGUUUGACCACAUUGGACUGCUCAAGCAACAUGUCAACCAACAUGCAGAUGAAAAUGGGAUCUUCAAAUGCCGAGAUUGUGGAAAGAUGUUUGAUGACUUUAAUAUCAUUCGUAAACAUAUCAGAAGCUUUCACUCUGAGAAGCAGUAUCCAUGUUCAGACUGCCCAAGGGUUUUCUCACGUCCAGACAAACUGAAGCUUCACAUGUUGCGUCACACAUCUCAUCGUGAGUUUAUGUGUGAGACUUGUGGCCGACAGUUCAAGCGCAAGGACAAGCUAAAGGAGCACACCAAGCGCAUGCACUCAGCUGAAAGAGAGGCUUGGCAGCUGUCACGGCCACAAAAACCACCAAGUCUCAAACGAUUCACCCCAAAGGUAUCCCCAUCAGAGUAUCACCGAUUUAUGUACAAAUGUAACCACUGCCUUAUUGGCUUCAAGCGGCGGGGUAUGCUUGUAAACCAUCUGGCAAAACGGCACCCGGAGGUGAAGCUAGGAUUCUGUGCCAGAGCUGACUCUGCCCAUUCUGAAGACUCAGCGAGACUACUUCUGCCAACACUGUGACAAGGUGUACAAGUCCAGUUCCAAGAGGAAAGCCCACUACCUCAAGAACCACCCUGGGGCUCAGCUACCCCCUAGCUCCCGCAAAAAAGUAAUGCUGGAAGUGACACCCGGAAUUCCCAACCAGACAUUCUCCCAGCCUGUCGGUUC